AUGGAGCAAUUCAACGUUUAUCUCGACAAACUCGCCAACUUCAAGGCCGCAGAUAUGUCGCAAUCACAAACGGCGUUGGUGUUCGGAUUGGGUCUUGUGGGAGGUGUAUGGCUUCUUACUCAGGUUUUGACGUUCGUCAGAGUCUUGUUGAGUUUGUUUGUUCUUCCGGGGAAAUCUUUACGCUCAUUCGGUCCCAAAGGUAGCUGGGCCUUGAUCACCGGUGCCUCCGACGGUCUCGGAAAAGAAUUCGCCCUUCAGAUCGCCCGCGCCGGCUUCAACGUGCUCCUCGUCUCCCGCACCGAAUCUAAAUUGGUCUCUCUCGCUGACGAGAUCAAAUCCAAAAACCCAGCUACUCAAACCAAGAUUCUGGCAAUGGACUUUGCGCAAAACAAGGACUCGGACUAUGAACAACUCAAAAGCCUUGUCAACGGUCUCGAUAUUGCGAUCUUGAUCAACAAUGUCGGCAAGAGCCACAGCAUCCCCGUGCCCUUUGACGAAACCGCCGAAGACGAAAUGAACGAUAUUAUCACCAUCAACUGCCACGGAACUCUGCGCGUCACCAAACUCGUUACGCCAGGCAUGAUCCAACGCAAGCGCGGUCUCAUCCUGACCAUGGGUUCAUUCGGCGGUUUAGUGCCCACACCUCUCCUAGCCACCUACUCCGGCAGCAAAGCAUUCCUGCAAUACUGGUCCAGCGCUCUCGGCGCCGAACUCGAACCUUACGGCAUUACGGUCUCCCUCAUGCAGGCCCAUUUGAUCACAUCCGCCAUGUCCAAAAUCCGUCGUCCCACGCUCACCGUGCCCACACCCAAGGUAUGGGUCAAGUGUGCAUUGAGCAAAAUCGGACGCAAUGGCGGGUCCCCGGAUUACGUCUAUUCUUCCAGCCCGUAUUUCAGCCAUGGGUUGAUGGCGUGGUUUUUGACUUGUGUGGUGGGUGUUUUCAAUAGGAGGGUUAUGGGUAUCAAUCAUGAUAUGCACGUGUCGAUUCGGAAGAGGGCGUUGAGGAAGAUGGAGAGGUCGAAGACGAAAUAG